GGGAAUCGGUGUCGGUGUCGGAGACGAGCACCGAGGAAGAGUAGGAAAGAACGAGAGAGGGCCGAGAGGACCAAUACUGCCUUCGAGAGCCGGACGAAUGAUCCUUUUGUUCAGUGGAUUGCGAUUGCCUGUCACGACGACGUACGCCGGCCUGGGAAGUGUUAAGCAGGGAAAGAGCAGAGAAAAGGCCAAAAACUUCAGACUUUGCAUGCCGGAGGCUGUCACCCAUGCGAGCAGAGGCACAAUAACACACAAUGGCGUCGCGGCGGUCCUCUCAGACGUCGCACUCGUCGCAUUCCAUCUACCAAGCCCAUUUUCCGAGAGCCGAAGGGCCAUCGAGCCUGCCAGAUGCCCGCUCUCUGCCAUUGCGACCGCGCAACGUUGGGCCUGUCUUCGACAAGACUCUUGCGAGCCAGCCCAUUGCCGAAUUCAAUCCUGUCUCUCACGGCCUGAACUAUACCACUCGCACACCCACUUCCAUCACCGAUGAGGCGCCCACCCAACCCGACGACUUUCAGGACCACUACUUGAUGCCCUCACUGUCCGAGAAUGAACGUCUCCGCCUUACCUUGUUCUGGUACUAUACCAAUGGCAGCAACCUGCUGGAAGACAAGGAGUUUUUGUUGGGUCUACAGCAGAAGUUGGAUCUAGUUCAGGCUUUCAUGGGCUGGGAAUUCGCCAUAAUGGGCUUGCUCAGCGAGAACGUCUACACACGCGUCGCUACUGCUGGUUUACCAUUGGCCAUUCUGCCGCGCAGGGAGAGCACAUGCUCGCAUACCAUCAAUCAGCCGCCUGGCUCUGUCUUCAUGUUGCCUAACAUGGCUAGCGAUUGGUGCUUCAAGGGGUCGCCCCAUGUCGAGGAAGGCGGCCUGCGCAGUUAUGCCGGUGCCAUGCUCCGCUGCAAGGCUGACACCGGCGAAGAUGUUGCUCUGGGGAGUCUUUGCAUUGCGUCGAAUUCUGAGCGUCCUCCCCUUACAUCUAGUCAGCAAGAUGCCUUGGUGCGCUUUGCCGAUAUGAUGGCAAGUGAGAUCGUUAGCCGUGCUCGAGAGGCUCGCAGACGUCAACGACAAGUCAUGGCGGACCUUGUCGCUCUGACCCACCAAUACAGAUCUGCCGAGGAUGUCAAGAACCACGUUUUCAAGGUUCUUGCCCAAGUCUACCCCGGCGCAAUCGUCGAUAUUCAAGAGAUAUUGCCUAACGAUACCAUCAUACUACCUCAUCAUGCUCCAGCCUGCUACGAAGAUUUUCAAGAUGGUCUCUGGGAGGACACUGAGCUCGUUGAGCAUCUGAUCGUUACCCAAAAUCACACUCAGCUCUCCGCUGAUUCCACAGUGCGCGCCAUUGUGCAUCCCUGUCAGAAGAUACCAACUACCAAAUACCUCAUUCUCAGCUCAACAAACGUUCAGCUCGUUUUUGAUGAUGUCGAUUCUUGGUUUGUUGAAAAGUGUGCCAUGUUAAUGGCGGAUACUGUCCAAGAAACUCGCCUUAGGGAGGCGCUCACAGCCAAGGAAGCUUUUCUACGUGGUAUCACACAUCAACUUAGAACACCCAUCCACGGUGUUCUGGGCUCUUGCGAGCUACUGUUUGAGGAGCUUAGCAGCAGAGACAUGCUCUCUGUCGGCUCUUCCGGCCUGAAUCCUUCUUCGGUUCUGAGUGCUAUCAGGGACUCUGGUCGAGAACUGAUGUCUACUGUCAACAAUAUGCUCAAACUAAAUCGUUGGUCUGAGGAGGCUGGGGGCUCCUUAGAGCCUGCCUCCCUACUAAUCUUGAAUCAUAUCGAAGCCGAUAUCAUCUACGAGGUACACCAAUCCAUACCAGAGCACGAGCUUUCGGAGAUCUCUGUCAUGUUUGAAAACCGACUAGGAAGCGACGACAGCAUGAUUGUGAUGGAUCUUUCUCUCUUGAAAGAGUGUAUUCAGGCACUUAUUCAGAACGCCCUGUCAUACACUGACCGCGGAGCCGUUAUUGUUGUCAUUAGUGCUUCGCCUGACUACACACGGUUAACGUUCGAUAUCAAGGAUACUGGACGUGGUAUUCCACUCGAAGAUCAGGAACGAAUUUUCGAGGCCUACGAGAAAGUGGAUACGCAUACAAGAGGCGCAGGUCUCGGACUCACGCUUUCAGCCAAAAUUGCAAAUGCAAUGAACGGCAGUGUUAGCUUGAUCUCCUCCAGACAGAACUCACCCGAUCAUGGCUCUUUGUUCCGCGCUGAAUUUCUCAAUCCAGGCUUUGCUUGCCCCAUUCCACGUCCAAUUCCUUUCGGAGCGGGACUGAAGGACAUUCCUAGGAAAUUCCACGUUGUGCCCCCCAAAUCACAACGACCGGAGCUCGUACUUCAUUUCGCAUCCUACCUGGAGCAUAGAGGAUUCGAGGACGCCGAAACACCCGAGGAUUCCCUCAUCAUCCUGACAUAUACGCCAGAUGCAGAUGAAUUCCGUAAUUUUACUGCCGCGCUCGACACUAGACAUGUCGCGUUGUGCUUAACGCCUGCCGGUGCAACGACAGACAAGCUCCAUGGUGCUCACGAGGUUCGAUUUUUCUCUGGACCUUUCUUGACAACUCGUCUCGAAGAAAUCACAACAGAAAUAGACUCAAUCUACAAGCGAUUGAACUCAGAUCCUGAAGCAGGCGAGACUGCAACAGGUCUAGCUAAUCAGAAUGAUGCACACCGCACUUCGGGAUCCGAGGACCAUACCGACCCUGCCGCUGCGGAGCCAAUGGCGCUGUUGGUCGACGACAAUCUCGUCAACCUGCGAAUUAUGCGCAUGUACUGCGAAAAGCGGAAAAUCAAGUACAGCACCGCCAUGGAUGGUGCGGAAGCAGUGGCUGUUUUCGAAGAAGCUAUCGACACACAACCCAUCAACCUUAUCCUCAUGGAUUUACAAAUGCCCGUGUGCGAUGGUAUCGAGGCCACACAACGGAUCCGGCAAAUGGAAAAAGAAAAAUCACUAGCGAGAGCAGCGUUGUUCAUCGUGACGGGCCAGGACAGUGUAGCUGACAAAAAAGCUAGCUACGACGCUGGUGCUGAUGAGUUUUUCGUCAAGCCAUUGGGCUUGAAGACGCUGGACAAGGGAAUCAAGGAAUAUUUCCCAGCCGCAUUGAAUGUGAAAAAGACUGCUUCCCAAGCAGCCAAGGAGAAGAGCGGAGCGGACAAGGCAUCAUGAUGUGACUUGCUCCCUUCGCAUGUCUAAUUAUGAUCAUAAAGCAUGGGUGUACAUAUUACAUGAGGAGUUUCUCGGCGUUAACAGGGCAUUGGGCUUCGCCGCCCCCAGCCAAAGGGAUGCAUCAUGAUGCGGCUUGGGUUUUCUUCUGGGAUGGCUGUAUUCAUGUGUCUUCAUUGACGGGUUACUUGGCGAUUUUACCAUAUCACGAGCGUUCUCGUUUUGGUUAGUUCUGUUACAUCCAACUCAUGCACCUGAGUUAUUCAUAUGAUCGAAAAUGUAUAUACAAUAAUCCAUUAUUCUUUGAUAAUUUCAAGUCUGGUG